UUUCCUUGUUUUCUGUAGGCUAUGAUCAUCAUGGUGCCUGCAUUAGUGAUUCUUUUGGGGGCUGCGAUGACAUUGCAAGCAGAAUUCCUGCCUGAUGAAAAGCUUUUACUUCUUCCACCUGUCAAUUUCACCAUUAAAGUUACUGGUUUGGCUCAAGUUCUUUUAUACUGGGAACCAAAUCCUGAUCAAAAGCCAAGAAAUGUUAAUCUAGAAUAUCGUGUGAAAAUAAAUGCCCCACAAGAAGAUGAUUAUGAAACCAGAAACACCAAAAGCAAAUGUGUCACCAUCCUUCACAGAGGCUUCUCAGCAAGUGUGCAGACCAUCCUGUGGCGCGGCCCCUCGCUCCUCGCCAGCAGCUGGGUUUCUGCUGAACUUGAAGCCCCACCAGGGUCUCCUGGAACCUCAGUUGUGAAUUUAACUUGCACCACAAACACUGCAGCAGAUAAUUACACACAUUUAAGGCCCUACCAAGUUUCUCUUCACUGCACCUGGCUUGUUGGCAAGGACGCCCCUGAGGACACGCAGUAUUUUCUCUAUUACAGGUAUGGCUCUUGGACCGAAGAAUGCCAAGAAUAUAGCAAAGACACACUGAACAGAAAUAUUGCGUGCUGGUUUCCAAGGACUUUUAUCCAGGGCAAAGGGCGCGAUUGGCUUGCAGUGCAUGUUAACGGCUCCAGCAAGCACGCUGCGAUCAAGCCCUUUGAUCAGCUGUUCGCUCUUCAUGCCAUUGACCAAGUAAACCCUCCACUGAACGUCACAGCAGAGAUUGAAGGAACGCGUCUCUCCAUCCAAUGGGAGAAACCGGUUUCUGCCUUUCCAACCCACUGCUUUGAUUACGAAGUGAAAAUAUACAACAUAAGGAAGGGUUAUUUUCAGACCGAAAAAAUGACAACCAAUGCAUUCGUCUCAAUCAUUGACGAUGUUUCGAAGUAUUACAUUCAAGUGAGAGCAGCGGUGAGCUCCACGUGCAGAGUGUCGGGGCUCUGGAGCCAGUGGAGCCGCCCUGUUUACGUGGGAAAUGAUGAGCAGAAGCCCUUGACAAGAUGGUUUCUCGUUGUGCUUAUGGCAACCAUCUGUUUCCUCUUGUUAAUGUCCUCCCUCCUCUGUAGAAUGUGUCAUUUAUGGACCAAGUUGUUUCCACCAGUUCCAGCACCAAAAAGUAACAUUCAAGAGUUCUUUAUAACCACUAACUAUGAGAAAGCUGGGUCCACUGAAACAGAAACUGAAGUCAUAAGUUACGUGGAGGAGCCUGGAUUUGAGACCCUGGAAGAUUCUGUGUUUUGAUUGUCACUGUGGCAUUUCCAGAUAAACUCACACACGCA